CGCUUUACCGGUCCGCGCGUCCGUGGGCUCCUCCGCGUACGCGGAGCUCUCCGAGUUUUGUCUGGUUCAGGAGGAGUCGUGGCGGGUUCGGUCUGAGAUGGGAAGCGGGUUGAACUUCUGAGCUUUGUGCCGGAGCGGUACCGGUAGGACCCGGAGGGGUGAGGGUGAGGUUCUGGAGGCUCAGAACCGGUUCAGGUUAUUGUUUCCUGGAGGUCUUUGGUCCAGAGAGGCGGACCUCCUCACAUCCAUGUGGAUCAACCCGGAAACGGUUCCGUAGCCUGAGCUCCUGUAGUCCGGUCCAGUUGUUCAUCCAGGCCAGAAGAUGUGAGCACUUCCUGCUUCACCCUGAUGAUGCACCUCAGCUCCUAUUGGUCCUCUAGAUAAAACACGAACCUUAAAUGAUCUUAAAGAGAAAUAAAAUCCGUCCGGAUUAAUCUGAUUGAAGAAGAAGAAAAUAUAAUUUCUAUUGACCCUUUGCACGUGACGUCACGCCACUCGUGUGACCGCCCCCUUCGCCAUGAUGGACGGCAAAAAGACGUUUAUACCCAUAGAAACUCCAGUGAAGGUAGUCAAAACAAGCCAGUUUGUAGCCUUUUAUCACUGUUAUUUAGUUGAUUUCACAGUAAAAUGGUUUUAGCUUGCUGCGUGGUUGGCUGCACUAAGAGACAAGGAUGUAAACUCAACUCAUUUUUUCUUUUUAAUAACUUUGAUGGAGACUGAGGACGGAGAUGAACCGCAGCGAUCAUUCAAUCAAGCGGACUAGCAGGCCUCAGAUUUGCAGCAAACAUGUUUUUACCGGGACAUCUCCAGAGAAUGAGUCCACCUCUUCAGAUCUGAUCCGUCUUCUCGAUACUGAAGUGAGAAAUCCCUUUCUGAUCCCCAGCUCCUCCAGUUAACAGCACUGAGGACCUCCAAGCAUUCCCCUCUGGGUUUGUCAGAAGGUUCUCUGUGGUGCUUUGGACAGCUCCCCUGGCCUCAGGGCUUUGGACCUUCAUGCGUCUUCUAGAAGAGUCCAUGCACAUCUCCAUCCAUCACACCCCCACCUCCACCAUGAGCUGUGAUCAACAAUUUGGAGAUGGAGCCAUGGGGGUCACGCUCACGCUCCGCCUCCUCAUGCAUGGCAAGGAAGUUGGGAGUAUUAUUGGAAAGAAAGGAGAAACUGUGAAGAGAAUAAGAGAAGAGAGCAGUGCUAGGAUCAACAUAUCUGAGGGGUCGUGUCCUGAGAGGAUCAUCACCAUCACGGGCCAGACGGAAUCUGUGUUCAGAGCCUUCACCAUGAUCACCUUCAAACUGGAGGAGGACCUGGCAGCCUUGGUAGCCAACGGUGCGAUGAACAGCAAACCUCCUGUCACACUCCGACUCGUCAUCCCAGCCAGCCAGUGUGGCUCACUGAUUGGAAAAGGAGGCUCUAAGAUCAAGGAGAUCCGAGAGACGACAGGUGCACAAGUGCAAGUUGCAGGUGACCUUCUCCCCAACUCCACGGAGAGGGAGGUGACGAUAUCGGGGGGUCAGGAUGCCAUCAUCCAGUGUGUGAAGCUGAUCUGCACCGUGAUUCUAGAGUCUCCACCGAAGGGAGCGACGAUUCCGUACCGACCCAGUCCAACUCCGGGAACGGUGCUGUUGGCAGGAAACCAGAUAUUCGAGGCUUCAGACUUUGGGUCCCACCCGCUGUUCUCAAUGGCCCAGGGAGGCAUGGACCUGCAACAGACAUAUGCACUACAGAGUCACUACAGCAUUCCACACUCAGAGCUAGCGAAGCUUCACCAGCUGUCGCUGCAGCAGCAUAGUCUGGCAUCCAUGGGUCAGUCGGCCGCUCAGGUCCUACCUGCAGCAGGAGUUGAAACCAAUUCCCAAAUGACAUCUCAGGAGCUCCUCAUCCCAAACGAUCUGAUUGGAUCGAUCAUCGGUCGUCAGGGCACCAAGAUAAAUGAGAUCCGGCAGUUCUCAGGAGCCCAGAUCAAGAUCGGUAGUCAGAUCGACAGCAGCAGCGACCGACACGUCACCAUCACCGGCACGCCAAUCGCCAUCAACCUGGCUCAGUAUUUAAUCACUUCCUGUUUAGAGACAGCCAAAUCCACCGCUCAGUCCUCCUCCAUGCCGUCUCCUGUUGACCUGACCAUGAGCUUCACCCAGCCCGCCCCCCCUGCCUCCGCCUCGUCCUCCUCCUCCUCCCCCCUGGCAGCGAUGGGCGCUGCACUGCCCCAUGCUCCAAUCCUGGGUGCCCCCUACGCUCUCCCCCUCUCCAGCCUCCUGGGAGUGAAAUCCAUCCCCUACCUGGCACUUUCCACCCCCUCAGCAGCUGCGGCGACAGCCGCCACCAUCGGAGCACCGCUGCUACCUGCCUCGGCGGCAACGGCGGCAGUUCCAGCUCAAGCGGCGGCAGCACUGGCGUCCUACACAGCCAAGAUCUCCUCUUCUGCCAACGGGAUGAAGAAGCCUGAGAGGCAGAAGUUUUCUCCGUACUGACGCCAGAGGAGAACUGCGUCGAGCUCCAUCCUGGUUGGAGUCCAGACGUCGGCGCUGGAGGUCCCUUGGGCCACGCAGCCUGUAAAAGCCAUAGAGACUCUUCCUGUCCUCGUCUUCGUCCUGCUCUCUAUCCUGUUCUUUACUCGUAUGUUAUUAACCAAUAGUCAGCGUUUCUGUACUGACCUCUCCUCUCUGCUCCUGUUUGCAGUUUUUCCUGAUAAAAUGUGCUUUUAAAUUAUUUUUAUGUAUUUAAAGGAGUUUAUAAUUUUCAGUUUUCAUUCCCGUGUCAUCGCUGUAGCGCUAGCGUAGCCCUCUCACCUGUUAACCACACAUUCACACAGAACAUUCUAGAUUACAGCAGAACCUUCUGACCUCCAUCAGGAAGCUACUCAACAGACAUGAGGGUCAGACACAAACGUCACCAUGACAACAGGACCCAGAACCUUUGUGCUGGAUGAAAUCUGAUUUAGAGCUUCUAAAUGUUCCCUAGGGUUAAACUCGUCUGAAUUUCCUCUAAAAACGCGACAUUAUUAUGACAUUUAAUUGAAAACACACCAGAAGACUUCUGAUGACUCCUGAACGCAUCAUUGGUGGGUUCUAGCAGCGGUCUGUUCCUGCUGGAGGAGAACCGAGUCAGAAACCAGAUGGGUCCUGGUGGUUCUGUGGAGCUCCGUCCUCUCAGUCGUUUUUAGUUUUUGUCUGAACUAAAGCAGUUUGCUGCGGCUGCACGUCGCUUUACCUCACUCACACACACACACACACACACACACCUGUCUUUCUAUCAUAGUGAGGACCCUAUAUGGACUUCCAUUCGUUUUUGUGACUCCACCAUGCCUAACCCUAACUAAAACUUAAUUCACACCAGACUUCUAAAGUUAACCAGUAGAGCUCUGCGACAUUGUCCCUAAGUGAGGACAUUGGUAGCAAAAUGUCCUCGCUUUGAUGUAUAGACUGGUACACACACACACACACACACACACACACGACCACAGAGAUCUUUGUGCACUCAGAGCAAUACCGAGCCGAUCAGUAGCUCCACGUCACAGAAAAACUGAAACAGUUAACUUGAUGUGUUUAUUAUUGAAGACGAUGUGCUUCACUUGUUUCGACGAAGCCAUACGACCCCGUUGGUGACCUGUUUCUUUUGUCUUCCAUCACUCUUUUGGUCGUGUUCCAUGUUCAUGCAUGAGUCUGUUUCUGAUGAUCGUCUAUGCAAAACUCACCUGGAUGACGUGCAGCAGGUGGAGACUGCGACCCGCGGAGACUCGGGCCUGCGACGCGUCCACCCUGAUGAUGAUGAUGAUGAUGAUUAGCUCUGUAGUGCUGCUGCAGAGAGCAACCCUAACCCCACACACUCGGGUAGAUCUGCAUCAGAACAACUGAUCAACCCUUUAUCACUAGACUCAUGUUAACUCAGUAACCAUCAACAAUUAGGACAAACAUGUUUAAGUCAGUGAACUCACCACCAUCACCCCGGUUACAGACGUGUACUCUUUAAUCAUCAUGUGACCAAAAACAGCUCCAGCUGCUAGACCCAGACUAUGGCAUCUCAUCAUCCACCGGCGGCCCCCGACCAACACUCUAACCUGUUUGAUGAAGAAUGGCGCCACAGCAGAGGCAGCGUUGCAGAGCCUUUGGUCAUUCAUAAGUGGUCAGCUUAUGGCGGUCAUGUGGUGCCGUCAAGUUUUUCUCACAAAGUUGAAGCGACAGCGA